ACCUCUGUGUGUAUAUAUGCACCUGUUUACACACAUACACACACCUAUAUAUACAUUUCACUGCUCCAGCUCAUAUCUUCUCUUCUCAACUCUCUCUCUCUGGAAUCUUCUUACAGCACAUAUUUGUACGGGUGUUUUUUUCUGUUACUUAUACUGAUUGCCCAUUCUUCAGCCUAACUCAUGGCUAGGACAAAAGUUACUAAACGUGAUCCACAUCAAAGAUAUGAACUACGGGCACGAGAAGAGCCUCCUUGGGAAGAAGAGGACGAAGAGGACGAAGAGGACGAGGGGAAGACACCUGUGAAAGCUGAUGCAAAGGCCAAGGGGAAGACACCUGUGAAAGCUGAUGCAAAGGCCAAGGGGAAGACACCUGUGAAAGCUGAUGCAAAGGCCAAGGGGAAGACACCUGUGAAAGCUGAUGCAAAGGCCAAGGGGAAGAUGCCUGUGACAGCUGAUGAAAAAGCUGAGAGAAAGAAGACUGUUGCAAGUGGAAAGCUAAAGAUUGGUGAUUCUGGAGAAAGUGAAACUGCUCAGAAGAGAAAAGUUAUCUCACGUGAGGGGAACACAGAAGCUGGUGGGAGUCAAGUUAAAAAAGUGAAAACCAGGAAUAAGAAUGAGACAGAGAAGGGUGCUGUAGGGACCACCCGAGUACUUAGAUCAAAUAGUGCAAAGAAAGGAGGUGAAGCUGGGAAGGAAGCUAUCAUGCCUUCUGCUGCUAAAGAGUCUACAAGUAAGAGGGCUACAAGAGUUGGUGCAAGUCGCCAGGUUGCAUUGCAGAAAAAUGUGAAAGGAAAGAACAUUCUGAAAAGGAACGAAGCUGAAGAAGCAAGUAAUGAUGAGGACAUGCACAUCUCAGGCAAGAAGAAAAAGGAUUCUCUCACCAUCGGAAGCUCUAAGCCCAAGAAAAUCCCACCUGCAAAGAAAGAGGUACCCCUCACUAUUGGAAGUCCUAAGCCAAGAGAAAACCUUCAAGCGGAGCCAAGCAAAAGAACUACAAGGAGAGUUGGAAAGUCAAGUGAAGCUCUGUCACAGGAAUCUGCUGGUGGCUCUACUGCAGUAGCUUCAAGCAGCAAAACAGUCGGAAAACAAGUUUCCAAGGCAGAAAAGAAGAAAGGUGGAGUUCCGGCCAGUACCCCUAGCAGAAAAAACCCACCAAGGAAGGGGCGGGCAGCUGCUAAAACUGACAAGUGAAGGUCUAUAAGUCUAAUGAUGAUUGGCAGGAGUAUUAUGCUUAUAGAUGUUCGUUAAAGUGGGGGAUAUUUGGACAUUCACACCAGAUGCUUGAGGACCAACUCACCACUAAUUUUGAUAGCUAUCAUCUAUAAUUCUAUAUGACUUUAGAUUCAGUGUUGGUUUCUAAAGGUGAUUUGAAUGUUGAUGUAUGCUUUGUAGUUUUUGAGAUGUUAUUACUGUAAAAAUGUGUUUACUUGUUUAGAAUCAAAGGUGAACGAAAUCUGAAUGCAGAAAACCUGGUGUUGAAAUAUAUGCUGCUCAUUCUUCAGAUUUUGAAUGCUAUUUUGAGUGCUUUCUCAGAUAUGCCUGAACGGUUUGCA